AUGGAGUUUAAUCACGAUGAACUUUCGUCGCCUGCCUGGCUAAGUGAUCGCUUUUUCCAGCAGGUUUUGUGCGAAUAUGAGCGUGAUCUGACCGUACAUCUAGUAGGACCGUGUGAGUUACGGCCCGGCACCAAAGCUGGAGAUCAUUUUGCUAGCGUAAUGUACCGAACGACGGUACGAUACCGGAUCGGAAGCGUAGAGAAAUCGAUCAAUCUCAUCAUGAAGAUAAAACCGGUAUCGGAGGGUUUGAAGAAAGAUCUGCUGGAGGGUGAUGAUUUUUUUGGCAAGGAAAUACGAAUGUACACCCGAGUGCUACCCGAGAUCGGGCGACUGAUGGAAAGUAUCGGAGAGGAGUAUAUAUAUCCAAAGUUGAUCUUUGCAUCCCAGCAACCCCACACGAUAAUCAUCCUGGAGGAUGUGAGUCCGCAAGGUUGGACCAUGAGAGGGUUGCUGAAGAGCUUCGAGGAAAUGUAUCCGACCAUCGACGCGAUUGCGAAGUUUCAUGCCGCAUCUGUAGUGAUACAAGCGAAUGAUCCUGAUUUUACGUCCCAGUAUCGUUGCACCAUUACCGACACCCUGCGAUCGAUGCGAAGCAUGACGGAUGCAUGUUUCGGUUCGUUUGUGCACUUUCUGCGAGACACCCUGCAGACUCCCGAGCUGGUUGAGCCGGUGGUAAAGUUUCACCAGAGAAUCGAUGACAGCUUCCGCACGGCGUACGCCACUAGUGAAACGUGUGCCAAUGUGUUGAUACAUGGUGAUUUUCAUUUUAAAAACUUACUCCACCUACAUUCGGAGGACAAAAUCACCGAGACAAUGUUUGUCGACUAUCAGAUGUGCAGCUGGAGCUCGCAGGUGGUUGAUCUGUUCUACCUCACCUACAUGAUACCGGAACAGUCGGUAAAAACUUGUCACCGGGAUGCAAUAAUCCAUCGAUAUUAUCACAAGUUUAGCAGUAUUCUUCGGCGGUUGAACUACGCUGGACGGAUUCCUUCCUUAACUGACUUACAUGCGGAAAUGUUGCGUAAAGGGGAACUUGAACUGUUCCACUACAUCGUGUUUUCUGCGUUUCGCUAUACUGAUCUGUCUAAGGUGGAUUCAGAGGCGUUCUUUUUGGGACGUAUAGACAACCCCGCACUGCAGCUGGAAGAGUUUAAAGCUACGAUGAGAACGGAAUUACCAAAAUUUUUGUACCAAGGAAUAAUCGAUUAG